ACGUUCCUUUGUCUCUUGAUUCUGAACUGAAUGUUGUGUAUGUAAAAAGUAUGAAACCCCACAGGUCACACCACCCUCAUACUAACUACUAACAUCUCCUCCCUCCCUUGGGAUAUGUCUCUGCAGGGAACCAACUAACUAUAGGGUAGUAUACACUCUGAGAGACUGAGACCCCAAAACAUAAAAACAAACCCUAGUAUAUCACCACCACCCAGGUAGGGAGGGGGGGAGGCUUAAGAUCCUUCCUCUGUUCGUAUAUCGUAAGUCGGAUCGGAGAUGGACAUGUUUGGUCUCCCCGCCCCUGAUUUCCUCCACAUCGACGACCUUCUCGACUUUUCCAACGAUGACCUCUUCUCCGACUCCGAUCUCAUCCACCUCCCUCCUUCAGAAAAUAACCCUGGGAAUCGCCCCUCCAUCACCACCGACAACUCCAACCUCUCCACCAGUUUCCCUAACGACCUCUGCGUCCCUAACGACGACGUAGCAGAGUUAGAAUGGCUCUCCAAGUUCGUCGACGACUCCUACACCGAUUUCCCUACGAACGAGCCCGUUGGAAACACAAAGUACCGAGCUGACGCUUCAGUUCCCGGGCGCACCAGGAGCAAACGAUCAAGAGCAGCAUCCACUCAUAUCAGCUGGACUUCCUUGCCGGAGUCUUACAUUCCGGUUACCGGCAAGUCCAAACUGGGUAACAGUAACACUAAUAUCAACUCUACUAGCUCUAGGAAGAAAGAGGGUUCAUUGGCUUCGUCAGUUAUCACAGCUGCAGAGCCGUCGGGUUCGGCGUCGUCUUCGUCGUCAGGGGUGCGCAAAUGCACGCACUGCGCUUCGGAGAAAACACCGCAGUGGCGUACAGGACCACUAGGACCGAAAACGCUGUGCAACGCGUGCGGAGUACGGUACAAGUCAGGUCGGCUCGUUCCGGAGUAUCGUCCAGCUGCGAGUCCGACCUUCGUGUUGGCUCAGCACUCUAACUCGCAUCGGAAGGUGAUGGAGCUCCGGCGGCAGAAGGAGAUUCUCAGGCAGCAGAGUAGCAACCACCAUCCGUUGUAUCAUCAUCACCCUGACUUCAAGGUCUGCUGACAUGGAUGGUCACAUGUGUCGAAAUAUUGUCGCAUUCAUCAGAAAAGAUGACAUCAUGUCAAGUCUAGGGUUUCUCCAUGUUAGCCUUUGUCUUUUCUUUUGCUCUCAGUCUUUGAGUCUUUUUUUAUAUUUUUCUUCAAAUUCCUUUCACAAAUUAAUGAAUUCUUCAGUUCUACGAGCGUUAAAGUUUAUUCAA